GACAGUCCUAGUCCCAAGCGACAACGUCUUUCCCAUUCCGUCUUUGACUAUACUGCAGCAUCACCAGCCCCAUCGCCACCAAUGCGACCAUGGGAGAUGACAUCAAGUAGGCAGCCUUCUGUGGCUCGACCCAGCCAACACCACUUCUCAGGGGAACGAUGCAACACACCUGCACGAAACAGGAGGAGUCCUCCUGUUCGACGUCAGAGAACAAGGAGAGAUCGUUUGUCUAGGCAUAAUUCCAUUAACCAGGAUGAAAACUACCACCACCUCUCCUAUGGACAGCAACAAGCAAUAGAAGAGCCCCGAGCCUUUCACCCACCGAAUGUAUCUCCUCGUAUGUUGCACCCAGCUGCUCACCCACCACAGCAGAAUGCAGUGGUGGUUGACAUUCAUGAUCAGAUCCAUCAGGGCACAGUUCCUGUCUCAUACGCAGUGACAACAGUGGCUCCACAUGGGAUACCACUUUGCACAGGCCAGCACAUCCCAGCCUGCAGCACACAGCAGGUCCCAGGGUGUUCAGUGGUUUUCAGUGGGCAACACCUUCCAGUUUGCAGUGUGCCUCCCCCGGUGCUUCAAGCAUGCUCAGUCCAGCAUCUACCUGUACCGUAUGCAGCAUUUCCACCCCUCAUUUCUAGUGACCCAUUCCUUUUGCAUCCUCCUCAUAUCUCUCCACACCACCCUCCUCACUUGCCUCCUCCAGGACAGUUUGUUCCUUUCCAAGCACAGCAGUCACGGUCGCCACUUCAAAGGAUAGAAAAUGAAGUAGAACUACUUGGGGAACAUCUUCCUGUAGGAGGUUUUACAUACCCUCCCUCAGCCCAUCCACCAACAUUGCCUCCCUCAGCUCCUCUCCAAUUCUUAACCCACGAUCCUUUACACCAGGAGGUGUCAUUUGGUGUACCUUACCCACCUUUUAUGUCUCGAAGACUCACAGGGCGCAGCAGAUACCGAUCACAGCAGCCAAUGCCACCACACCCCUACCAUCCCAGCCUAUUACCUUAUGUGCUAUCAAUGCUUCCAGUGCCACCUGCAGUUGGACCAGCUUUCAGCUUUGAGUUGGAUGUGGAAGAUGGAGAGGUAGAAAACUAUGAGGCACUUCUGAAUUUGGCAGAACGUCUGGGAGAAGCCAAACCACGGGGAUUGACAAAGGCAGACAUUGAACAGCUUCCAUCAUACAGGUUCAAUCCAAACAACCACCAGUCAGAGCAGACAUUGUGUGUGGUGUGCAUGUGUGAUUUUGAGUCAAGGCAGCUACUUAGAGUCUUACCCUGUAACCAUGAGUUCCAUGCCAAGUGUGUCGAUAAAUGGCUGAAGGCAAAUCGUACCUGCCCAAUUUGUAGAGCUGAUGCUUCGGAAGUGCAUCGUGAUUCAGAAUGACCAAUCUAAGAGCACAAGUCUGGCUUGGGUAUUCCUGGUCACAUGUAUAUAUGGACUAUCUAUUGAACUUACCCAUGUGGCUUCCAGCCUACCCUUUACACAAAGGGGUCAAUGGACCUUACGUUUGCACUGUGUGACUUAAUCAAUUACAAAGCUUAUAACUAGUCUUCACAGUUACAGGAUUGUUAUACUAACAGUGUGAUUGGAACUCCAAAGAUUUUUAUUUUUUUUAGCUUAAUUUUGUGUGUGCACUAACAUUCCCUGGUUUUGUGUGAUCAUUCUGAGUGUUGCUGCAAGGUUACUGUGGAUGUGAUCUUUUAGCAUGUGCUUUUGUAGAAAAGAAAAAGAAGAAAAAAAAAAGUGGUAGCUCCAAACAAUAUAGCAAUCUACCUUAUA